GAAAUGGCGGCUGAGCAGGACAAGCGUUUCCCCUCCUAGAUUCUGCAAAAGCGUUACAUUCAUAUAGCCUUAUCACCUGCUUUCAUUUACUCUCUACUGCACUUUAAAACUCUACGAGGUGGAGAAUUGGAUGCUGUUGUCACCAAAGACGUUGACAGAAGAAACAGUGCCAGAACAUACGGAGUCCAGUUCCUGCCAGCCUCAGUCUACCAAUUGCAAACAGCACCACCUCUGGAAAACCUGCGCCAUCAGCGAUGCCAACUGGCCCAGAGACCGCCAACGUCCGCCACAUCUUAGCUGGAAGCAACUGCUGAAAGUUUAGCGCCGUACCGCGGCCUUCGCCGCCAUCCUGGGAACUCAAGUGCAGCUCACGUCUAUCCACCGAGGGAAGCAAAACGCCGAGGGGCCUGAAGGAUACUGCACCAAAGCUUACCUCUCAGGCAUGGCUCCCAUUCGGGACUCGGUCAGCCACUCCCCUAACCAAACAGGUUUGGAUCACGCUGGUCUGGAAUCUCAGUAUGAGAAUUCACCCUGGAGCACUGGCUCACCCUGCAGUGACUCAAACAGUAACUGGGACAAAGUGAUUGUAGACAGCUGUGAUAAGGGAGCCUGGCCUUCCAUCACUGGUAGUGACCCAGAGCUGUCCUCAGAAUGUAUGGAUGCUGAGUCUGGCUCCAGCUCCGGGUCAGAGAAAAACCUCUGUAUGAUGGCAUCUGGGAUUGCUGGUGGUGACAGCAAUGGCAAUAGGCAAGGCAGCAAUCAAGGUUCUCAUUUCAUGGUUGGUAAUGGUAGCAAUAAUGUGACUAAUGGGAGUGUUAAGGGUCCUUGGGGCUCAGUGCUAAGCACAUGUCAAGGUUCCGGAGAGAGCUCCAGUGACAAGCUGGCAGAAGGUGGUCAUGGAAGAAUAAAUGCAUGGGGUACCCAAGGUCCCUCAACUAAUGGAGGUGUAAAUCCAAGCACUUUGAACCCAAAUGCCAACCAUGGUGCCUGGCCCGUUCUGCAGAAUGCUGGUCCAAACUCCCAUGGGCCUUUGGGCAGUGGGAACGGGGGCACCAACACUCAACGAAGCACCAUAGGUCAAGUGCCCAACAUGCAGAGUGUUAACUCUAAGAUGUCCUGGGGAAGCCUGCAAGAUAAGGUGGUUGAAUCUGAAGUCAAUGGUACAAGCAAGGUUCUAAGUGGGCAGCCUCAAAACCUUAACACUGAAUUUAAUGGACCAAAUAACACUACUAACCCUAUGACCUCUAGUUUACCAAACUCUACAGGUUCACUGCAGAUGAAUGAACGACCCUGGCCUAUGAGCACAGGGGGCUCCCCUCAGCUCCAAACUUCUCCUGUCUCCAAUGGCACUUCCAUUUCUCAGCAUGGCAACAGUGAGGGGAUGAACAGCGGGUCCUACGGUACAGCAUGGGGUGCUCCACCCAGCACUACUUACCCUGGAGACAAAUGUUCUGUCCCAAAAGGCCAAGCUGUGGUCGACACUGUGAAUGCAACUCUAAUGCAGUCCGGAGCUAAUGGAUCUUCUGUGAGUGCUGCUUCUUUCAAAAAUAAUAAUGGGAUGGUCAGUUGUGGAGGAGGCUGGGACUCUCAGUCCACUGCAUCUCAAAGUUUGACUUGGGGAGCAGGUAACAGCAUGGGUGCUGCUGGAGCCUCUUGUCCCUGGGGUAGCACCUCCUCUUCCUCGUCAUCCUCCUCAACGUCUUCAAACACUGGCACUAAAGUCUCGAGUGGAGAGUGGGGCGCAUUGCCCAGCAACAAUCAGCAUUCCAAUGAUGGCACAAACGGGAGCAGGAAGGGAACAAAUGGGUGGAAGUCCUUGGAAGAUGACGCUCUUGGGCUAGGGAGUGGUGGUCAGUCGUCUCAAGGCAGUACUUGGAACAAAUCCACAGGGAGUGAAGGAAGUGGGGAAAGCUCGGGAAAUCAUAGUGAAAGGGAUGGACAACGUAAUGGCACCCGUAGGAGAGGCAACCAGCAAACUUUGAUACAAGCAGCUCUCUCUAGAACCGAUAUGGACCCACGGGUGUUAUCCAACCAAGGUUGGGGACAGACCCCAGUCCGGCAAAACACUGCCUGGGAUGUAUCCAACUCUGAAAAGAAAGCUGGAAAUGGGUCGCAAGGAUGGGGUAGUGCUUCCCCCCAGACAUCAAGCUCCCAGAGUGGUUGGGGAGAUGCACCAAGCACCAACACUAACAAUGCUGUUGCAUCUGGUUGGGGGGAGACCAAAGCUCAAAAUGGCUGGGAAGACUCUUCAGCCGGAACAAACAAGGGUAGUUCAUCUUGGGGUAACUGCAAGGAUGACAAAUCCUCUUCCUGGAAUAAUGGGCAAAAGACAAAACAGGGUUGGGGUGACUCUUCUGGCGAAGGAUGGGCUGCUGAAGGGUCAAAGGGAAGCCACUGGGGGGAUCCGCAGAAGUCUGGAUCUGGAGGUUGGGAUAGCGACAGCGACCGCUCCGGUUCAGGAUGGAGUGAGGCAGGACGUUGUAAUACAAACAACAAUUGGAGAGGAAGUGGAGGGACUAGCACUCCUGAUCAAGGUGGUCAAUCAGCUGGAUGGGGAGAAUCUGGGAAGUCAAACAAUCAGAACCAAGGCUGGGGUGAGCCAAUCAAACAAAGUCACUCCAACCCAGCUUGGGGCGAAACUACAAAAUCCAGCAACCAGUCAGAGUGGGGAAAAGGCCAGGAUAGCAAUGUAGGAACCUUCAGGGCAGCAAAUGUCUCUCAAGCUGGAGGAAAAAACAAACCCACUGGAUGGCUCGGGGGUCCGAUGCCUGCUGCUCUGAAAGAAGAAGAGCCGACAGGUUGGGAAGAGCCGUCUCCUGAAUCCAUCCGGCGUCGGAUGGAGAUUGAUGAUGGCACUUCGGCAUGGGGUGAUCCAAGCAAGUACAACUACAGCAAUGUGAACAUGUGGAACAAAAAUAACUCUGCAGAACAGGAUAUUCCACAGCAACAACCACUUCCACCGGCCUCAAGCUCCAUGGCGCAAAAGGAGAAGAGCUGUAGUUCAGGAUGGGGAGAGCCGUAUUCAGGGCCUCAAAAGGGGGAGUCUUCAUCAUGGGCGGAGCCUGCGGUGGACAUCGGCACGUCUGCGUGGGGAAAGCCAGUGGAUUCUGGGGCGAGCUGGGACGAUCCGGGAAGAGAGAACACAGGAAAUGGGUGGGGCACCCAAUCACAGCACAAAUCUGGACCGAAGCCUGUGCAGAAUACCUGGGAUGGUGAGAUGGCCAUGCCUGCUCCCUCUAACUGGGGGGAGGAAGAGGAGGAGGUGGAGAUCGGCAUGUGGAAUAAUAACACGCCACAGGAAGUGAAUCAGUCAGGAAACUGGUCCUAUUCGAAAAAGGUCCCUCCUAAGAUGAACAAAGGCCCUGGGAAACCUGACGAUCCCUGGAUGAACCAGUUUGUGAAGCAGUUCAACAGCAUGAAUUUCCCAAGAGAUUCUGAAGAUGCCCUAAAGAGCAAUAAGAUGGACAUGUCUGCAGGAAUGAUGGAUAAGAGGAUGGAUGUGGAUAAACACAGUGUUAACAUGCCGCCAGUCUCGCGUCACCCCAUUCACAAAGAUCCACCGCCCAUCGAUCGCAAUUCGUACAUGGAGAAGAAUAUUAACAUGUACGGCGGUGGAAAUGCAGCAGCACAAGGCCGAAACUCCCAGCAGCCUCCAGCACAACCUAUGAACUCGACUCAGUCCAAUUUACGCAACCAAGUGCCUCCUCCACUGCUCCCCUCUCAGGUCCCUCCUUCGCUGUUGAAGUAUCCACCCAAUAAUGCAGGUCUGAAUACAAUUUUUGGCCCUCAGCAGAUGGCUAUGCUCAAUCAGCUUUCCCAACUCAACCAGCUCUCUCAGCUCAAUCAAAUAAAUCAGCUGCAGCGUCUUCUCAUUCAGCAGAAAGCUCAGAAUCAGAGAGUCAUGACUGGCAACAACCGCCAAACCCAAGAACAGCAGGUCCGUGGUUUUUCUGCAGGUGCCAUGGUCCCGCCUCCCCGUCAUGUGGAUCCUCCUCUAAUAAAGCAACACUCCCCACCACAGCCUGCAACACUGCACCAGCCCAAACCCUACAUAGACAACUUCAUUGGCCUGAACACAUCUGACCUGCACAAAGAACAACACGCACUCAACUCUUUCACCAACUUUCCUUUAGGCUUGGCCUCAAACUUGAAUGUGAACAAUUCUGAUAUUGGUAGUGUUGGGUUUAAAGAGCCACAGUCCCGUCUCAAGAAGUGGACCGCCAUGGAUGUUUCCAUUAACUCGCCACUCGAUCAAAACCCCAGCAAACCUGGUGCUAUGUCCUCUUUGAGGAUUGACGACCCUCCCUUUGGUCCGUACGACUUUAUAAACUCCAGUAAUUCUCCCAUCAGCCCCCCUGGUUCAGUGGGGGAUGGCUGGCCCACCCGUGCCAAAUCACCUCAUGCGUCCUCUGUCAACUGGCCACCAGAGUUUCGUCCCGGUGAGCCAUGGAAAGGUUACCCGAACAUCGACCCUGAGACUGACCCGUUCGUCACUCCUGGCAGUGUGAUUAACAACCUCUCUAUUAACACAGUGCGGGAUGUUGAUCACCUCAGGGACAGGAACAAUGGGCCAUCCUCAUCACUAAACACCACGCUGCCUUCCAACAGUGCCUGGACAUCCAUUCGUGCCUCCAACCACAGUAGUUCCCUCAGCAGUACAGCACAAAGCACUUCAGCCAGAAGCAGUGACUCUAAAUGGUCUCCUGGUUCAGUGUCUAACUCUUCUUUAGCUCAUGAGCUGUGGAAGGUUCCUCUGUCAUCUAAAGGCGUCUCGGCUCCGUCCCGUCCCCCACCAGGCCUCUCAGGCCCGAAACAGCCCUCCUCCUGGGGCAAUAGUACAAUGAGACUUGGUGCCUGGAGCAGCUCUGAACCCAGAUACACCCCGGGCUCCAGUUGGGGUGAAAGCAGCUCAGGGAGAACCAACUGGCUCGUUCUCAAAAAUCUCACACCUCAGAUCGAUGGCUCCACCCUGCGUACUCUGUGCAUGCAGCAUGGUCCACUCAUCACAUUCCACCUGAAUCUGCCACAUGGAAAUGCUCUCGUCUGCUACAGCUCAAAGGAGGAGGCAGCCAAGGCUCAGAAAUCACUGCACACGUGUGUGUUGGGGAACACUACUAUUCUGGCUGACUUUGCAAGUGAGGAGGAGAUAAAUCGUUUUUUUGCACAAGGCCAGUCGAUGUGCGUGUCCGCGGGCUGGCAGGCGCUAGCGUCCUCUCAGAGCCGACUCUCAUCAGAUGCCUUUUCUAGCGGCAGCGGUGGGGGCGAGCUGCACUCGUCCUCCUCACUGUGGGGGGCACCGAGCUAUUCCAGCAGCCUGUGGGGAUCCAGCGCCUGCCAUGAGGGGGGCAAUCUGCUCAGCAACCCCUCACCCAUCGGCUCCUUCCUGCCGGUGGAUCACAUGACAGGAAGUGGUGACUCCAUGUAAUGCAUCAAAACACAACACAAAAAAAACCCUGUGACCUCAGCGCGGCAUAGCUCAUCCGAAUCAUGACUAUAUAGAUUCUUUAUGGAGAAAAAAAAACAAAUCUAAAGGCACUAGUUUCUUCACUUACAAGCGUAAUAAUAUUAAUCAUAAUAAGGCGGGGUCAACCUGUGGAAGUAAGUUACGACUUUUUGUUUUUGAUUUAUUUUUUUUGUUAGUUUUUUUUUCCUCUGCACAUAUGUCCACUUUGUUUUAGCCCAAAAACAAAAACAUAUCAGUGUGAAUACUUGAAUCAUGCAGGCCAAUACGAUAAUGUGAAAGGAUGCGUUUUAAACCUUCCAGGUCGUGCUCUUCAUGCAGACAUACAGGAAAAACAAAAUCUUUCAGCUUAUUCAUGUUUAUUUGAAUUCCAGUUCUUUUAUUUUUUUUUUAUGUAUGUUUGUUUGCUGACAAUGUUUGAGCUUUUUUUUUUUUUUUUUAACUUUGCACUGAAUGUGGUUUUUCUCAGUAUAUAACUCUGCAAUAUCGAGGGAGCCGACAGUUCCAGUGUAGAUGUUUACUCAAGGAUGUUCUUAAAAUGCGUAUGUGUGUGAUUGCGUGUUUGUGUGCGUGUAUGUGUGUGUGCGCGCGCGCGUGCAUGUGUGUGUGCGCUCUACUAUGCCUUGACGUACGCCUACCUUAUCGUGGUAUUGUGGAGUCUGAGAUCAAGAUAAGAUGCUGACCUUUAGGAUUACCUGAUGGUGAUAUUACACGUUAAAUGAGUAUUGCACCGAUUUAUCUUUCUUUUUUUUUGUGUGUGUGUUUUAAAAGAAAACUAAAGAAUUUAGCAUUCUGCAGUCUAAAGAAACUGUAGCCACAGCUGUGACUCACUCAAAAAAACAGCACUUUGAAGAUAGGCUUUCGAUUACUUUGGUCUUUUUUGGAGGUGCCACAUUGGGCUCCUCUUGUUUACAGACUUUUGAGGGGGGAAACGUACGCUCAUUCUUCCUUCAUUUUAAAUGAAAAACAACAAAAAAAUGCACAAAAACCUUUAAAAAGUAUAAAAUAAGGAAAAUACCUAAAAAAAAAUUAAAUAAAAAAUUUAAUGAAAAAAAGUAAAAAAAAAAAAAAAAAAAAAAUUAAUAAAUACAGAAACCGUUGUGGAUGAAGACGAUGCGGUGUAUCUCUGGGAAAUACUGAUCAGUGUUCGGCCAUGCCGUCGGUUAUUCGAUGUAUUCCUGUCGUCUGCUCAAUAACCAGCAUGGUUCUCAGGAAAUAUAGCCAGUUUUCCCCCCCUCUCUGAUAAUACAAAUAAAAAACUCCUAAUUGUAGGAAAAAUCAACUUUUAGCACUGAAACGACUACUUGGAGCCGAGUGCGUUUAUUUCUCUGCCAAAUACCUGCUUUAAGCUGGAGACAUUCUACACACCGCGCUCAUCAACUGCCCCACUCACUUCCUCUCUUUAAUUCUUCUUCUUUUUCUAUUCUUCUUCGAUUUUUACCCAGUAUCCUUAUUACCUUUUUAAAGUGUUCGGUCUCUAUCUGUUUUUCAUCUCUCUACUUUUUCUUGUUCUUGUUUUACUCCUCAUGUGUUUCAUACUUUCUAAUUUUUCCUGCACCUUUGACCAGACUUCCCCAAACAUUUCUUCUUCUUUUUUUGUUCUUUUUCUCUUUGAAGUGUGUGUCUGAGUGCGGUUUAAAAGGAAAGAAAAAGCAGAAACUAUGCAUUUCCUGUAGCUCUGUGACGGAAUCGCUUUUUCUUUUUUUAAGCUGAAGUUUUCCCAAAAGGCUUUUUUUUUUCUUUCUUCAAAAGCUGACUGUAAAUUAGCCUUUAUUUUUUUCCGUCAUUGCCACAGAUGGCAGUGUUUAACUUUUAAUCAUCAUCAUCUACAUUUCAUUAAACGUAUAACUAUUAUUAUUUUUCCCCCCGAAGAUGAUGCAACACCAUGGCUUUUUAACUGUUUACAAAUCGAGUAUGAUUGUAACAUGUACAGGUCUCUGAAGUUCUUUUACCAUAUGGAUCAAUCUGGCUGCUCGUGUCAUUACUAUUUUCAUUAUUAUUAUUAUUAUUAUUAUUGUGUUUUUCCUUUGGUUUCUCAGCGCUGGUGUGUCUGUGUGUGAACAGCUGGAGCCUCUGAUUGCGCCCUCAGAGGGGAAUGUAACCUAAACACACGCGUUAGUCAUGUACAUAACCAUAUACCGCAUUGUUGAUGCACAGAGAUGUCAGCAUUAGGCGAAGCCAUGGACCUUAAUGUGUGUGUAAGCUGUUUAUGCUCCCUAUUUUGUGUGUGUGAGAGAGUGAGAGAGAUCCAUGUUUAAACCCAUGAGUAUUAGCCUUUAUUUUGCGACUUUAUGCUGCGUGUGCCAGUAUUGAACCGUUUUAAUAACCGCUUUACCAAAUCAACUUUAAUCAAAAGCUUCUUCCCUGUACGAUUCCACAUUUCCAUUAUUUAAAAAAAAAAAACUUAAAAAAAAAAACUUAAAAAAAAAAUUCUAAAAUGCCUUGCAAUUGCACUUGGUGUGUACAGUCACUGAUUUAAAGUGUUUGUCCACACAGAGUGUACGCUGUAGAGACUAAGAGGAGGGUUAUACUCUGUGUGUGUGUGUCUAUUACACUCUAACUGUACCCCACCAUAUACAUACUUUUACUUUUAUCUUGCUCAUCAACUGUGUGUCCAGUCUCUGGAGACACGGUCUCCCUUUACACACACCCUUCUUUGAUGUGUUGUGCUGCAAAGCAAUGUCCAUUACACCUCCCCCAAAAGUGUCCAUGACUACAGUACUCUUUAGUGUCUUGUAAAUCCUUAAAUGUUUGCUGUGUGUGUGUGGAAAAUGUUUAAUACCACCACACAUCUACCUAGGGAGGACAUUUCUGUGUUUUUUUUUUUUUUUUUCUCCUUACAAUCAUGCAGACUUAAUGCUUGAGUGUUGGUGCUGGUUUGAUCAGGUUGUGCAUGUUUGUUCGCAUCAUCGCUGUGACCGAUUUGUGUUUUUUAUUUUUUUAUUUUUUUUGCUCUGUCCGUCAGACUCAGUGUUAGUUCCAUGUCACGUGUACAUUUCAACACGUGCUUUGUUUCGUGGCUUCUCUCCGCGUCGUCUUCACCGUCCGUAUGAAUGGAACAGUUAUGGAUCCUACACACACUACCUUUAAUGCGUAGUGUACUUUUGUGUGUUACAGCAGUCUCCGUUACACUCAUUACACUCUAACUACAUGCGUCCAUUACUACACUGCUGUUUAUCCAUCUAGUGUGUGUGUGUGUGUGUGUGUGUGUGUGUGUGUGUGUGUGUGUGUGUGUGUGUGUGUGUGAAGAAAAAUCCUCUCUGAGCUUUAUCAAUGGUUCUGAGUUGCGCUCGUUUUCCCCCAACAACUUGCUGACUGAAAUAGAAGACGGGGGAGUUGAUGCUUUAGCCACUGAGUUUCUCUCAUUUUCAUUUUUGUCCUCAUAUAUAUGUUGUGUUUGUGUAAACAAAGAAAAAAAAAGUUCUGUAAUCCACUGUCAUGCCAAAUCUAGGGAGGGAGUACAGGAGGAAAGGAAUUACUCUUUAAAAGCUGGAAAAUGUAUGCGUGUUUUAUGCUAACUGGAUGGCAACGUACAAUCCCCAUAAUGCAUAAUGGCAGCCGGGUAUAAGAGGGGUGGGAAGGGGUGUAAUCUGGCAUUGACAUUCUACUUUUGUACUGAAUUAUUUGUUUCUAAUCGAUCCUGUGAGCGAAUCAUCGCAGUGUGUGCUGUUUUAUUUUUAUGUCGUGUUGUUUUUUUUUCUUCUUUUUUUAAAUCGUUCCUACUGUUUGCAAUUUCGACUUUAAACUGUGAGCGUCUCGCCGUCGGUUGUCGUUGUUCCGAUUCUCGAUUGACAAAACCCUAAAAGCUUUAAAAAAAAAUAAAUAAAAUAAACCAGCACAAAGAGGCAGAACGAGAAACACUUCCACCCUGGAGAACAUUCGGAGAACGUCUAUGCAGCGAAGGACGAGGCUUCCAUUAGAAUUAAUCUGUGUUUAUGCUUAAUAAAAAAAAAAUUAUAAAAAUAAAAAAUAGUCCCAAGUGGAAUUUUUUUUUAAAGCUAAUAAUAAAAUAAUCUUUUAAACGCACGUGCCAUGACUGACAUCCCUUUUUUUCCUUGUGAUUUCUUUUUCAAAAAUAAAGCGGGCCAGUUGUAGCAGACUUUGGAGCAUUAUUCAUGUUAGAUAUUAAUUCAGUGACUUCAUGACACUCCUCAGCAGUGGAAAUAUACAUGAAAAAAAGUUUUUAAACUGAAAAUACACCAUUCUGGUUUUAUGCUCACACAAUGCGCGCAUCCUCGAUAUGCACACUGCUUCGCUAGGACUGUUUUUGAAAAAUACAAAGAUAAAAAAAAAAAGCUGAAAUGACGAUUGAGCAGGAGGUCUCCUCAGCAUUCCUGCUGUCGUCUUUCGCAUCAAUGUGUUUAGCUUGGGGGAAACUGCACUUUUUGAAGGACAAUCCUUAUUUGUAACGGUCAUUGUUAACAAUAUUUAGUCAAAGAAUAAUAACGAGAACACAAGGUAGAAAUUCUUGUAGUCAUGAAUGUUUCCUCUAACGCUGUUUUUAAUUUUCAUUUUUGUUGCUUGGUUUUCAAUUUUAGUGCCCGAUUUAAGUGGAAUAAAGCCGUAGAGUAGGUUUUUAGCUCUUUAUUUUUAGUUGUUGCCUCUACUUGUAGACUGAUUUAACUGUUUGUAACGUUCUGAUCUUAAUAUCAGAAUACAAAGCUGUAUAAACCUGGGUGCAACCCGCAAUAAAUAAAUAAAAAGUCUAAUGUUGAA